UUCGUAAACAUAUUAAUAAUAUUAACUCUUAAAUUGCAACAAACUUAUUGCGCUUUUAUCCAAAAACCGAAAGCACGAGUUAUCUUAAAAACAUAACUCUGAUACACCUGUGCCUGCAUGCAUAUGUAAAUAAAUAUCGUGAAAAAUCGUCAACCAGUUGCUUGGAUUCACAACAUUAAUAACAAUAUGCAUGUUUAACAAGUCUAUAUGGGGAUUAAAGCGAUUGUCCUGUAAUGAAACAUUUCAAUUUCGACACAUUUUUGAAAAUACUUUUGCGAAGAAUUUGAGCCCUGAAGCUACCUCAACGUCCCAAAAUGAUCGGGCCCAGCUCACAAAUAAGCAAAAUAUUGUUAACACUUCUUUUUCUGUUAAUCAUAUUUUAUGUAUUUAUGGAUGUUGAGCUUUAUCUGCGAGUACACAACUAUGCUAUUGACCGAAAUUAUCACAUUAAUGACUCCACGCAGUCAACAUUGUUGCCAGCACCAACGAACUUAGCAUCUGAUUUGAGCAGUACUCCGAAGUCGCCCACCGUCUUGAAAGAGCCGUCCUACGAAGAUUACACAUGGAUAUCUUGUGACAUAAAUCCACUGUGCCAUAUAACUGUGAAGGCGAUAUUGCUGGAUCACACGAAUCAUUACCUUUUUGCGCCGCUGGCAACAAUUUUUGAUAAUAUCAUUGGAUUUUCUCGAUCAACAUUUAUCACUCCUAACAUGAUUUCGUUUUUUCAUGUGGGCGUAGCUUGUGUUUCGGGAAAGCUCGUCUCAUCCGACAGCCUGGGAUACAGACGACUUGGUGUUUUACUCUUCCAAAUCAGAACAUUUCUAGAUGAUCUGGACGGACAUGUGGCUCGCGUAAGAAAAAAUAUUCGUGGUGAACGAUCGGAAAUUGGCACGUCAGGGUACUAUGUUGACGGUCUUUGCGAUGGUCUUGGAUGUAUUGCACUUCUAUUGGGCAUAUUUUUUUACCUGAAGAACAAUCCACCUCGAAGAGGAUACUCAAUCAUACCAAUGACUGAUGCCAAAACGCCUGAGACAGCAAUAAUACCUAAAAUGAAAGCAACUACGCGGAAAGUCGCAAAAAAUGUAAUCAGCUUUACAGGUCAACUUUUAUUGAGUUCGACGGCUUGGAAUCGUUACAUUGCUGUUUAUCAGAAUAUGCUGGAACGUAAUGAUGUUAGCAAUACCCAAUAUCAGUGCCAGAACUAUGUGUUUAAAUCGACGUGGUUCUUUUGUGUAGCCUGGAUGUGGCGUAUAGUUAACGUACAUGCCCUAUUGCAUUGCGUACUGCUUAGUAUAUUCUGCGACAAGUUGUGGGACUUUUUAAAAGCCAUACGUUGUAGUGGUUACAUUAUAUUAUUAGUUGCUAUUUGUUUAACCGAAAUGCACAUUUUGGAAGCCCAGAACUAUAUUUUUAAUUCGACAACGUGCAGUAACAUUUCACUGUGAUUUUAAUAUUGUUAUAAAAUAAAUACAAUAACGUUUGUGUACCGUA